AUGGCUCAUGUAGGGUUGUUGGCAUAUUACGCUGGCCUUCUCGCCAGCGCCGCCGCACCACACUUCUCAUUGGCGCUUUCCCUUCGCUCUGGCACAGCGACAUCUCAGCAAAACAGCCUCAGCACGAAUCUAUUUGCAUCCGGGCAAGACUUGCUACGAACGGAGCCCACCGCCGAGGACAAAACUACAGAUUGCCUGGACAUCAUAAACAAGCUAAGGGGAGAAAAUCUCAAGGGCCUAUUGGAGACCCUCAGUACGGCAGACGAACAAGAAGUAACUCAAAGCCUGAAGACGAUCAGGGUCCCAAUAACGGACCCUGCAGACCCUACUGCCAAGAAAAUUGCAGUAAAGCUUGCAGGUGACACUAACACAUGUGAAUCGGGCAAAGACGCGAAUGCGGAGAAGUAUCCCGGACUUGUCAUUCCAUAUGCGCAUGGGACGCAGCCCAAGUGCAGCGAUUUGAUCCAGGAGACUUACACAGCGGGACUUAACCACCUCAAAGAGUUGAACUUCGAUCCCUCCGCAGGAACAUAUGAUGUUGCAGUUGCUCCAUUCAAUAACGUAGACGCCAGCAAUGUGGCGUUUCUACUGUGGGAGGAAAGCAAAAAGGUCUCAUGUGCCGCCACCAACAACUGCAGUGCAGGCCACAACGUUUUAUUUUGCUACUUCAUAGACCCACUUCAAGAAGGAGAUAAGCCUUUCACAACUGAGCUUUACAAUGCUCUCUGGGGAUUGGAAACAGGCGCAGCUUUCACUUCGCUUCCCAGCGUCGCCACCGUUCUUCUCGCCCUCGCUUUGAUGAUUCGGACUUGA